GAACUGGAACUUGAAAUAGACCUACAAGGUGAAACUCUGGUUAAGGACUCAUGACCUCUCUAUUUACACAUGUUUGGUCUCAAGUUCCACAAAAAAGUCAGUCGUAAAGCUAGUGUAAUAAUGAACUAUGCAAGAAGUUUAGUGAAGACAACAUGACAUUUAAUGAAGACAACAUUACAACUCCUUGUCAAUGUCAGGAAAACUGGACGGACCAAAUAAUGUUAAGUUAUUUUAUAAGACAUUUAAAAGGGCAGGCAUGUUUGUGUGUCAAGCAGUCAUUCCCUAAUGCAUAUCGCCCAUCAAUUAUCGGUACUGGACACAAUGUCACACAGAGAAGAAAUAGAUCAGGUACACAUAAAAAAUUCAAACAUGAAAAGAAGGACCUUUAUGAAAUCUUGGAAUUGUCGCAAAAGGCAACAAGCGUGCAGAUCAAAGGAUCAUACUUUAGAUUGUCAAAGAAGUACCAUCCGGACAUCAACAAAAGUAAAGAUGCUGCUGUGAAAUUUGCAGAAAUUGCAGACGCUUAUGAAAUACUAGGGAAAACACAUUCAAGAAAUAUGUAUGAUAAAGGAUUGAUUGAGGAAGACGACCUGAGAAACACUGGACAUCCAGAUGGUUGGAAGGCAUACAGAAAGGGCUUCAAAAAGUAUGAUGGGCCUCCUAUGCGUGGUAGAACAACUAUCUACGAUUUUGAUGCAUGGACAAGAAAUCACUAUUCAGAGGUUUUUGAAAAGAGGAAUACUGACAAACAGAAGUUUGAGGAAUACCACCUAGAGAAACAAGAGAUGGAAGAGAGGAGUCAUCAGUGGUCUAUGCGUCCGGGGGAUCACAUGGCACUCGCGCUUUUUAUUACUGUAUUUGUUGGCAUAAUGGUACUAAUGAGUAAAGCUAGAUCAAAUUUGGCAUCAGAAUAUUUAAACUUUGAAUCAGAAGUAUUUUCAAGGAAAGAUCACAUCAAGAAAAGAAAAGCUGACCAGAUUAGACGUGGCAUAAGCAAAGAUUUAGAAACCAAUUUAGCUACGGACUGAUGUAUUUCGUUAUUAAAUGCUGUAUAUACAAAUGUAUUUAGUUUUUAUGAUAAAUUGUGCAUUAGCCAAAGCUCUAUCCUAGAUCCCAUGUUUUGGCAGAUACAUUAACAUUGUAGGUAGUUGAAGGACUUUAUUUCAUUUUACAAACAUAUCACCGGUUUUAAUCCUUUGAAAUCAUCUUUUGCUUUGAUAUUGGUAUGUUCACUGUUUGAUAUAAACAGUUCCACUGUUUUUGUACACUGUUCAAUAUCAAGUGGGUGAUAAAACAAAGCAAUGAUUUAUCAAAUCAAAUUACUGUAUUUUCUUCAUGUUUGGUGAAUUUUCAUUACAUUUGUUUAUUAAAAUUUGACUUUCCAACAACUAUUUUUAAAAAUUCAUAUGUAAUAUAAACAAACUAUAUAUUAUAUAUGUCAUGGUAGUAGGUGGAAGGGAUCAUUUAAUCUUAGGAGUGAUCCUCAAACGAAGAUGGCUAAGAGACAUCCAUCUUUAAAUUUAAGCUGAAGUUUGUUGGCACUGUUUCUCAUAAAGAAUUGGAGAUAUUGUUCUUAAAUUUUAUAGUAAGGUGCCUCAUGGUCUGUCAUUAUGCAGGUUUCCUUUCAAGACUGAUUAGAUAACCAAGAUGGCUACCAGACAUCAAUCUUUAAUAUUGACAGUUCAAAUUUAUCAAAUUUCAUUGUUGAUUUUCAUUGGUCCCGAGUUGUGCAUGCAUGUUUCAUUUUGAGACUGAUAAGAAAAACAAAUUUCCACUAGGCAGUCAUCCUGGUUUUUGGCGGUUCCAGUUUGUUAUCACUAGUUCCCAGAAAGUUCUAGACAGAUCUCUCUCAUAUUUCAAAAGUUGGGACCCUUUCUUACAAAUUAAAUCACUGUGCCAGUAAAUGCCAGAAAAUAGGUCAAACGACAAUAUGUCUUUAAACAAUAAUACAGACAAUAGUAUAAACUUUUGUUCAAAAUUACCACAUGGUACAUUGACUGUUCACGCAACUCAAUCCUACAGCUAAAAAGAUGAAUCUUACUUAGAACUAAUGAAGGUGGUGAGCUUUAAGAUUCCUCUGUGAUGAUCAUGUUUUUAGCUAAAUAAAUCCUGUUACAUUUUUUAUUGCAUGGUGCUGCGUCCGUCAGGCGUCAUUUUUUUACUUUAAACAACUUCUUCUCAGUAACCAAAAAACCUAGGGUGAUGAUAUUUGGCCAGAAGCGC